GCGUGCCGGCUGAGCCGUGUUGUAAUCGAGCCGGUCCCCUUUCCCUUACCCACCCGCAUCAACUCGCCCCCGCUGAUUCCAACCGGAAAAAUCCAAGCGAUCGAUCUUCAGCUCCCGCGAACCUCCCUCGCCAUCAAGGUUAUCCGAACUGCAGGUGGGUGGGGUCGAUCGGAGGAAGGGGGGAGAAGAUGGACGCAGAGCAGGAGUCGCAGUGGGCGGCGGCGCAGGGGAUCGGCAUCGGCGAGGACCUCGUCCCAGCCGCGCUGCGGCACCUGGAGUUCCUCGCCGCGGUCGACCGCCGCCGGUGGCUCUACGAGGGCCCGCUGCUCCACAGGGCUAUACGCAGGUACAAAGCUUGCUGGCUUCCUCUUCUUGCCAAGUACACUGAGGCUUCUGUUGCAGAUGAGCCUUUGGUUGUUCCGCUCGAUUGUGAAUGGAUAUGGCACUGCCAUCGGCUUAAUCCGACUCAGUACAUAAAGGACUGCAAGAGAUUAUAUGGCAGAAUACUGGGCACUAACAAUGUCAAGUCCUCCAUUCAAGCAAAGUCCAAGGAUCAGGCUGAGAAAGUUUGGACUGAGUUAUAUCCUGGGGAGCCUUUUGAGUUGGAGUACACAAGUCCUUCUGACGAUUUUGUUGACGUGGGUGAUGGAACUGCAGGAGGCAUUUCCUAUGAUUUGAUCUCAGCUGUUAGGAGACAGUCUUCUUUCGUCUACCAGGUUGGAACACCAAACAUGCAUGAUCAUCGUUUUCUUGAAGAAGCUCUAGCUCGAUACAAAGGUUUUUUGUAUUUGAUCAAGCUGAAUCAGGAGAAAGGAAUGAACCUCUUUCGUGUGCCAACCUACGACGUGGAUCUAAUGUGGCACACCCACCAACUGAAUUCUGUUACCUACUACAGUGACAUGCUGAAUCUUCUUGGGAGAGUUCUGGAGCAUGAUGACACAGAUGAUGACCGAGCUGAAGGAAACAAGCUCGACACUGGAUUUUCAGGGACCACUGAGCAGUUCGAGAAUAACUUUGGUCUGAGAUACUGGAAGGUUGGCGCUAUGUACCGUGGAAGCCUGCCAUCUCCUGUGACAUCCGUUCCUCAGAUAUUUAAUAGUGAGGAUGAUAGUGUUUUUGGUGUCGAUAAAGCAGAGAAGCAUCUUACUAUUCUUGAAACAACAGUUGUGGAGUUAUAUUUACAGAUUGUGGACAUCAAGAAUUUACCAUCUGCAAUUCCAGAGAAAAGUGUGUACGUGUGGUUCACCAAGACUCAACCAGAUGUAUUUAUCAGUGAUGGCGGCAGGUUAGAUAUUUCAACGAAAACAGGGAAGAGUAUCGGAGCUGGUUUCCAAUGUGAACCGACUGGCGAACUCAUUCUUACAGCAAUGGUUGAUCAGGCCUAUUUUGGGGCCUCGUCAUCGAAGAAAUCAGAACCAUUGGGGAAGGUUUCGAUCUCUCUUCAAGAGCUUACACAGCCUGAUUCCAAGCUUUCCUUUGAGAGGUGGUUUGAACUGAAAAGUCGUGGUGCAUAUGCUGGUUCCCCUCCUGUCAGUCUUCGUGUUGCUGCAUCUUGUACUGUGCCAAGGCAGGCUCCACAGGUUCUUAGCAUGGUCAAUGUGAAGCCUUUCUCUCUGAAGGCCUGUCUAUUGCCACAUUACAUCAAGGAUCAAAAUAUGAGCUCCUGGACUCGCUUCGUGUAUGACUGUGGUACUGAACUCAUUCGUCUUCAGAUAAGGGAGCACAAGGCCAAGAGUGGCAUGGCUCUCAUUCGAGAAUUGGUUGGAGUAACAAAGUCAUCAAAGCAACCAUUUCAGCUUGCAGAAUUCACGAAAAACAAAUGGUCUUUUAACAACUCCAACUUAUCCAUCACUCAUGACCUGAAACCAAGCAAGGAUGGCUGCAUACAUGAGCUCAAAUACGGCAACAAACUGAUCAAACUAUACAGGGGAAGGAGACUAGCAUAUGAACUCAAAUGCUGCAGUCAGCAUGCUGAAGAUACUACAGCAGUUACUGCUGUGAAGUUCUCAGCUGAAC